CAAAAAAGGUUAAAACUAAAUACGAUACAAAUAUACUUGAAGAAUUAUCUGAUAUUUCAGGCAGCUGCAUGCAAAUGAAAAGGAGAGUGAUUGCUAGGAAGCGUAAUUUUGUGACCACUCCAUUUCUUUUUGACAACCAAUUGAACUUUGCCUCUGCAUGUGUAAUAUUAGUGCAAGUUUUUAUACAUAGAAUAUAUGUACAUACAUAUGUAUUGUCCUUGUUUGUGUGAACAAUGAUUGAUGUUCUUGAGAAAAAAGUCGUUGCCAAGCGAUCUGUUGACAAUGGCAUCGGAAACGGGCCAAAAUAUAACUUCACAGGUCGCAUACAAGAUCUUGUAGGCGCAUAUAAUAUAGUGUUGCAGCUGCUUCAACCAAAAUGGCCAUGGUAUUUUUAUCCAGGGUACUUAACAUACGCUCUUUAUUGGCGCUAUGCGAAACAUUUCAAGGGCAAAUAUCGAUUGGUUCCUUUACCAAAUGAGCUCUAUGAACUGCUCAUCAAGAAUGAAUUAAUAAAAUCAGAGCAUGUGAUUUUUACCAGCAAGGAGGUGUACGAUACUUUUGCCGAUUCAAACGAUGUUAAUUUCGUUAAUAUGGUUGCAAAUGGCAAUCUGACAAAUGCUGGGACGGACUCCUCCCUUUCUGCAUCUGAAUCUGUUAUAAAGCAAAUUAUGCAGGAUCUACCUCAGACUGUAGUCAUGCAGAUAUUGCCAGCAGCUCAGUGCCAAAGCAAUUGUCUCUUUGUGAAGGAAAAUUUCUUUUCAAAUUUUCUGGACAGAUUCAGUGCAACCAAAAGCAACAGAAAAGCUGCUGAUUGUUGGGUUCAGCUUGAACACUUCAAGGAUGAGCAAACAAUACCAAACAUCGCUAGCAAAGCGCAUGUUUAUUUGCUGAACAAUCCCCACGAACUGCCAGCUGAAGUUGUCGAGCUGUUGCUAAAUAGCUAUUUCAAUACGCCUCGUCUGUUACAUCGUGGACACACAUAUCGCAUUGAGGUCAAUGCUCAGCUUUUGGGCACUGCUGCCUAUGCACAUUACUAUCUUAUAUUCGCCUAUUUGCAUCAGGUUUACUUCCGCUGUAUACAUUUAGAGGUCAAGGGCAGUGAUUUCGAAUUGCAGGCGAUCGUGGCAAAGAAUUUUACGAACCUUAUCCAGGUGCCACACUCGCACAAUUUUCUGCCACGACAGAUAUUGGACAACUUUUCCAUAGUGGAGAACUUUCCGAUUGGAUUGAGGAAGCCAUAUCAAUUGUUACGUGCCUCAGUGGAUGCAUUUUUGCCAAAGAAGUCCGCAUGUUUGUCAUCAAAACAUAUCUUUCCAGUAUUUUUGCUGCAGGGCGAGCGGGGCGCUGGAAAGACUAAACUAAUAAAUGCUGUGGCUCAGGAGCUGGGAAUGCACAUUUAUGGCGCUGAUUGCACCGAAAUUGUCUCUCAGGUGCCCUCACAUACUGAGAUGAAACUGAAGGCGGUUUUCGCCAAAAGCCUAGUCAGCGAACCAUUAUUAAUAUGUUUUCACAAUUUUGAGAUUUUCGGCAUCGAUAAUGAAGGCAACGAGGACUUACGUUUACUGUCCGCCUUUCAUGUUCAGGUUCAGGAGCUUUUUUCCCAUGAUCGCAAACAUCCCGUCGUUGUGGUGGCAUUAACCAGCGAUAAGCAUCUGAAGCCCAUGAUUCAGCGUAUCUUUCUUGAGAUAAUAAACGUCGAUAUUCCGUCCAAAGAGGAACGCUACAAUAUGCUGAAAUGGAUGCACAUACGCGAGUCUUUUAAUGACUUCAUUUAUAACAAAAAAGCAAUUGAACAAGUGCCGCUCUUUUCGCUGGACAUGCACGAACUACAUCUGCCCAAGAUCUGUCGAAACUGGUAUGAAACAAAAAGACUGCUGUCUGAAGUGGCAUCUAAGUCACAGGGUUUUCUAUUGGGCGAUUUGCAGCUGCUUUAUGACAAUGCGGUGCGUUUGAAAGUCCGUCAACGACUAGGGUCGUCCACAUUAUCGCUGAUCCAUUUCAGCAAGAACCUGACAGACAUGCAAAGCUCAUUUGCCGACAGCUUGGGCGCACCGAAGGUGCCUAAAGUUUACUGGUCGGAUAUUGGUGGCUUGGCGAAGCUUAAGGAUGAAAUACAAAGUAGUAUUGGCCUUCCCCUAAAGCAUAUGCAUCUAAUGGGCAAGAACCUCCGACGUUCUGGCAUUUUACUCUACGGCCCUCCUGGCACAGGCAAAACACUGGUUGCGAAAGCUGUUGCUACCGAAUGCAAUCUGAGCUUCCUCUCCGUACAGGGACCAGAACUGCUCAACAUGUAUGUGGGCCAGAGUGAGCAGAACGUCCGUGAAGUGUUCUCUCGUGCACGCUCCGCAGCACCGUGUGUCCUCUUCCUCGAUGAACUGGAUUCGCUAGCACCAAAUCGCGGUGUGGCGGGCGAUUCGGGGGGCGUAAUGGAUCGUGUGGUGUCGCAGCUGCUUGCCGAAAUGGAUGGCAUGGGUGAUGCCAGCAAGCUAAUUUUCAUAUUGGCCGCUACAAAUCGACCGGAUUUAAUUGAUCCUGCUUUGCUACGGCCUGGUCGUUUUGACAAACUUUUCUAUGUGGGUCCUUACUCCACACCCGACGAUAAGGCAGCCGUUUUACGAGCCCAAACACAACGUUUUAAUCUGGCAGCCAAUGUGAAUAUAUUGGAGAUUGCCGAUCGUUUGAAGAGCGAAAUGUCGGGUGCCGAUUUAUAUUCAAUAUGUUCGAAUGCUUGGCUAGCUGCUGUCAGACGCACCAUAGACUUGCAUUUGAGUGGCAAGCUUGGCGACAAGGACAUGCUGGCCGAAAAUGUGAUCGUUGAAGAAGAGGACUUUUUAAAGUCUUUCAGCAAAUUUGUUCCGUCAAUUAGCAAAGGCGAUCUGGACUAUUUUAAUAAACUGAAAGCAUCAUACAGUGUUUAGCCUGGCAAUACCAAGAUUACUGGAUUGUUUGAAAUUCUACGUAGUUAAUUGCCUAAUUUAAUAAAGUUUGUUUUUAAAAACUA